AUGUCUGUUCAUAUAUCAAAUAUCGAAUAUCGUGCAGUUAUAAAGUUUUUCACCCGAAAAGGGCUAAACGCCACCGAAAUUAGUAAGGAGUUGGAUGAUGUUUACAAGGACUCUGCUCCAUCGUAUCGCACCGUCGCAAAGUGGGUGGCUGAAAUUAAAGACCCAAAACGUGGCUUCGAAGAUGCACCUCGAACCGGUCGCCCAUCAACCACGAUCACCGAUGAAAACAUUGAAGCUGUAGAACGGAUUGUAAUGAAUGAUCGACAAAUCUCUGUCCAUCGAGUAUCUGAUGAAUUAGGCAUUCCAAAAACCAGUGUUCAUGAAAUUAUGAAUAUUCACUUAGGCAUGAAAAAGGUUUGCACACUAUGGGUACCAAAGUUGCUGACGCCACUUCAACGUGCCAAUCGAAUGGAUUGUGGUCAAGAGCUUCUUGAAGAGAGCGAAGCAGAUUCGUCAAACUUUUUCGGCCGCGUCGUAACCGAUGACGAGUGCUGGGUAUAUCACUACGACCCUCUCACCCAGAUGGAAGCAAAGGUCUGGAAGAAGCCAGAUGAACAGAGACCAACUCGACCUCGUCGACAAAGAUCAGCUGGAAAACUUAUGAUGAUCAUUUUCUGGGACAAAUAUGGCAUUCUGCUCAUCGACUACCUGCCACAUGGAACUACAGUCAAUGGUUCUUAUUAUGCAUCAACCAUCGAACGGCUGCGUUCUGCCAUCCUGGAGAAACGUCGCGGCAAGGUCAGCCGCGGGCGUGCUCAUUCUUCAUGA